UUAAAGAUCCUGUAUGUUAUGUAAAAAAUUACAGAAAACAUCAAAAAUGUUUCAUUUGAUGGUAAAUGCAAUGAUUUUACGAAAAAAAAAUCAAAAUUGGUAAAUAAUACACAAAAUUAAAUGAUGAAAAAACUUCAACGCUCGCUCAGUUUUUCUAAAUAUAACACAUAGCUACGUCAUCAGUAACACAUGAUCGGUCACGUGACCCAUUCUUAAAAUAGACCAAAACAAACAUGGAUGCCGAAGACAGCAGCUCAUCAAGCACAGUAAGCGCAGACACCCAAGAACUUCAAUCUUCAAGGGGUGGAAGGAGAGGAAGAGCCAGGGGUAGGAGCAGAGGGAGAGGAACAUGUAGUGGGCGGGGAAGGGGAGGUGCUGGCAGAGGCACAGGUAGACCAGAAAGAUUGUCACAGUCAGACAGGGAAAGAGUGACAGCAAGGCUGAACGAAAGAGCUGCACAUAUGGAGAAUGUGGUAAAAAAAAUGAAAGCCAAAAAAUUAAGAGAACUGGUUAUUAAGGUCAUUAAAAGAGAGCCAGGGUUGCUGUUCGACUUGCUGGAGGAGGAUGGCACACCACCACCGCAGCCACCUCAUCCUGCUAAUAGUAAUAUACCAUCUUGGUGCAGGUGUUUUAACUGCAUAGAGAUGCCAACGGAGCUUGAGAGGAAGUGCUGUGGCUGUAAGCCAGAAAAUUGUGUCAGCCAGAGAGAUCAAAUGGAUAGAAUUUGCCUGGAUCCAGAAGUUCUUGCCAUAGGCCAAGCAUAUUAUAGAGAUAUGCUUGGUCGACAUAGACAACCCAUAGAAGAUUACAACAAGACCAUGCGACAUUCGGGCUAUAGGAACUUCACUCUCUGGCGACAUGGCAGGCUAGGAGCAGGAGUGAGGAGGGUGAUCCCCAGUUGCUGCGUAAGAAGAAUUAGGGACACAUUCCCGUCAGCUUCAGGAACUUACACUGGUUUUGUUCCAGGAAGAUAUGUUUGACUCUAAUACAACUCGAAAAUGAGAACGAUGACCCCAACUUAUUUUUUCGCUUAAAAUGUUUCUGUUAUCAUAUUCUAACAACAUGCCAAGUUUAAAGAAAUUAUAUUGAACAGUUUUUAUUUUGCCUAUAUGUCUAUAUGAAAAUUCCCGAAAACAUGUCUUUAACUGCUAGCAAAAUGUGUCAUUACUGAUGGAAAUUCAACAUGCCUUAAAAUUCAGUUAAAUGUGUGAUAUUGUUAGUUCAACCAAGCAUACUCAAUGUUAGCUUUGAGGAUCAGUGAAUGCCAUUGGUCUGUUGUAUGUCAACAUUUAGUUCAAUAACAUUCUAGCUGUCACAUUUUGCCUCAAUGGUCUUUAAACUUAGUCAGGAUAAUUGUCCUAAUAUCUCGAACUAGUUCUAUCCUUGUUCAUCUCUGUUCACUGGAGCUAUAAUAAGAGAAAUCUUGUUACACUUUUUUAGCAGUUUCAUUCCAAAUAUCCUGGAAAUUGGUUAAAAAGGUUGUAAGAUGAUCUUUAGAUAAUGUCAAAUCUGGGUCAUCCAGUUGUUGUAAACUAGGUCACACAACCAAAAUAUGGAAAAAAAAUUGUAAUGACUCUAGAGGCUACUGCUUU